CCUGUGGAGAGGCGGGGGAUUGCGAACAGACUGGCUGAAGGACUUGAGGUCUUCUGCGGACUCAGUCGGAGCAGGCGGGACUGAAAUAGGUUAGAAAAAAGUUCCCUCGGAUUACGUCUGCGGUCGGCACGGAGCACAGAGCUACGAGGCGGGAGUUUCUUUUUUUCUCGAGUGAGCUAUGAGGAACCCUGCAGGCCCAGGUUGCUGAUCAGUUGAGGUCAGAAUUCAAGCACUUGUUCCCACAGACAUGGCUGACAGAGAGGGGCUGCCCAUCGCUCCGGGACAGGUCUACAUUGAGGUGGAAUAUGACUAUGAGUACAAGGCCAAAGACAAGAUGGUGACUAUCCGACAGGGAGAGUGCUAUAUGCUGGUGAAGAAGACCAACGAGGACUGGUGGCAGGUGAGAAAGGACGAGGGUGCAAAGGCGUUUUAUGUGCCAGCACAGUACGUCAGGGAGGUGCGCAGGGCGCUCAUGCCCCCCCAGAAACCCGCCUUGAGGGCCAAGCCCGCCGUUUUGGACAUCUGCCGGGCGUCCAAUGAGAACCUCAACAGGCCUCAGCCAGAAAUGUCCAGCUUUGGACGGCCGUCGCCUUCUUCCACCCCCUCUCCAUCCUCUGAUCGCGUCACGCCGCCCGCACUGCCCAAGGAUGCUAACCAGAAUGUGGGGAGUCCCCACCACUGCAAACUGGUGGCUGAGUUGGUACUUCUCCACAAUAACAACAACCACCACCACCACCCCAACAAUUCCACAUUGCCACGAAUGCGGGCGGAUUCACCAACGCCAAAAUUGGGGAACAACCAUAAAAGCCCAGAUGGCAGCAAGACGUCCCCUCUGAGCGAGUUGCCGGGAGAGGGGAUGAACAAGCUCCGCAACGACUCGGAGUCUGGAGACGAGCUGAGCAGCAGCUCAACAGAACACAUGCAGACAACAUCACCGACAGGUCAGGGCCGGUCCGACUCGCCUGUCUAUACCAACCUCCAGGAGCUGAAGAUCUCUCAGUCCAGCCUGCCUCCUGUGCCCUCAGGCUCCCCAAUCCACAUCCUGGGUGACUGGGAGACCCACAAAGAUCUGAGUGGCAGGCACUUCUACUACAACCGGGCCACCGGGGAGCGGACCUGGAAGCCACCACGCACUAGGGAUACUAGCAGCAGUACCAGCAGUACCCGAGGAGACAGCCAGUGCACAGCGGAGAGUGAGCCACUGUCCUCAGAGGAAAACUGCCACAGCACCCACUCCAGUCAGUCUGACAGCCAGUAUGGGUCACCCCCUAGGGGCUGGUCUGAAGAGCUGGAUGAACAUGGACACACUCUCUAUGUGUCUGAGUACACACAGGAGAAGUGGAUAAAACAUGUGGACGAACAAGGCCGACCCUACUACUACAGCGCUGAUGGCUCCAGGUCAGAGUGGGAAUUGCCUAGGUACAACAUCUCCCCUCAGCCCGGCGAGGUUCCUAAGAGUCGCAGCCUGGAGAGAAAGCAGCCGGAUCCCAUUGUCCUCACUAAGUGGAGGCACAGCACCUAUGUCUUAGACCUCAAUGACAAGGAGUGUGCUUCGGUGCCCAAGCAGAGCUCUCCAGACUCUGACUCCUGCCCCUCAUCUCCUAAGCACCCCUUGACCCCUUCAGAGAAGUGUGGAGUUCUCAAUGUCACCAAAAUCACAGAGAAUGGAAAGAAAGUCAGGAAGAACUGGACCUCCUCCUGGACUGUGCUGCAGGGCUCAUCCCUGCUCUUUGCAAAGGGUCAGGGGGGCAGCACCAGCUGGAAGUUUGGCAGCAAUCAGUCGAAGCCUGAGUUCACUGUGGAUCUGCGCGGGGGGACAGUGGAGUGGGCCUCCAAGGACAAAUCAAGCAAAAAGCACGUCAUCGAGCUGAAGACCCGUCAGGGAACAGAGCUCCUGAUCCAGUCCGAGAUUGACAGUAUCAUCAGUGACUGGUACCGCGCCCUUACAGAGACCAUCAACACACAUGCAUGGGAGUCGGAUGAAGCCAUUGAGGAGGACAUGCCUGAGUCUCCAGGAGCUGAGAAACACGACAAGGAGAAGGAGCACCGGGACUCUAAGAAGAGCCGAGCAAUGAAGAACUCUGUGAGCAUGGAUUCAUCAGACCAGAAGAAAACCAGGAUGAAGCUCAAGAAGUUCCUCACUCGUCGACCCACAUACCAGGCUGUCCGAGACAAAGGAUACAUCAAAGAUCAGGUGUUUGGCUGCAGUCUGACCAGUCUGUGUCAGCGGGAGAACACAUCAGUGCCCAACUUUGUCAAAAUGUGCAUCGACCAUGUGGAGAACACAGGUCUUAAUAUUGACGGCUUAUAUCGAGUGAGCGGGAACCUGGCAGUGAUCCAGAAGCUUCGCUUUGCUGUGAAUCAUGAUGAGAAGGUGGAUCUCAAUGAUAGCAAGUGGGAGGACAUCCACGUCACCACCGGAGCUCUCAAGAUGUUCUUCAGGGAGCUUCCUGAGCCUCUGUUCUCAUACGGAUCCUUCAAUGACUUUGUGAACGCCAUCAAGUGCUCCGACUACAAGCAGCGAGUGAAUUCGAUCAAAGAUUUAAUCAAGAAGUUGCCAAAGCCCAACCAUGACACAAUGCAAAUCCUCUUCAAACACCUGAGGAGGGUGGUGGACCACGGAGAGGCCAACCGCAUGACCACACAGAGCGUGGCCAUCGUGUUCGGACCCACGCUGCUGAGGCCUGAGACAGAGACGGGCAACAUUGCGGUCCACAUGGUCUACCAGAACCAGAUAGUGGAGCUUAUACUGCUAGAGUACGAAAGUAUUUUUGGUAGGUAGAGGUGCCUACUCAGGAAGAGGAUGCCACACUUUUCAAACACGGACUUGUUUUCCAUUUCCCCUCCUCUCUUUUGUUUCUGGACUGAAUUGAACAUUGCUGUGGACCAAGCAGAAAAAAAAUUCCUAAAGUGUUGCACUUAAAGAAGUUUUGGAGAUGAUUUAAAAGAAAAAAACAAAGUGUAUAAAUCUCACCCACUUGUUCAGUUGCCAUUCGUGCUACGAGUAGUGGGGCCGGAUGAGUUUUUUUCAGAGUGGUGCUGCGAUGACGUGUGGACGAUUUGGUGGAUUUGAGUAUUCAGGUGUUUUUCACAUACACUGGAUUCCCUGUGGCCAGUAAAUGAAAGUGGAGCUGCUCGCGCCUCUUGGUGGAAUCCGACCAGGGAGUGGAUCUGGUUUCUGUGUCGUGGAGCUUCGUUUGUGACGUGUGAGCCCUUUGAGUAUUUGGAUAAGGUGGAAAAAUAAUCAGUGUUAAGCUAACAGACUGUCUUUUGGCUCUUGGAUGAACUGGAAUUACACUUAUCCCACUUAUUAGUGACACCCCUGCCCCCACUUUCAACCAGUGUUGGCCAUUAACCCUUUGGCACACAAGUGUACUGAGUGAGGUAAAUGGCAUAACAUCGGAGCAGAAGCAUCCCUGUGUUGCCACUUUGUAACAAACUGUGUGUCGUGUAGUCUAACGUGCUUUGUUAACAUUUGCGUUAAGCCGGCCGCGAUCCUUCGUGAACUUCAUUAAAACUUCAGUGGCGAGAAAGGUCGCCGACCUCAGUCCUGGUGUUACUGGAAACCAACAAAGCGGACUUCUGGGAACUUCAGUGUUACCAUUUCACGUGAAUUUGCUGACCCUUCUCCUCACGUAAGCUAAUAUUAAAGUGUUCAGACAGGGGAACAUGGCGCCCGGCUGUUCGAAUGCAAAGAAGAGCCUUUAAAUCCUUUUGGAGCGUAUGUACAGGGAAAGAAAGUAGCUGUUAAACUGUCGUAGUGACUGAGGUAUGUGUGCUUUUGAUGGCGAACCAGUGAAAGAGUCUGACUUUGUUGAAGUUUGAAUCAAAAACGUGAAAAAUAGACGGAUUGUGAAAAAGAAAAAAAAAAGUGACCGACUGUUACUUUUGUUUGCAGGUGUAUCUGGAGUGUUUGCGCAUGGUCAAGCAUACAUUUGAAUGUACUUUUCAGGCUAACUGCUGUUUGUGAAAUUGCUAUGUCUAAUAAAAAAACAAGACAAACCCAC